UGCGCGGGAGGUUCAGUGGGAGACGAAACAGCGGCCGGGAGGGUGAUUGUUGCGCACGCUCCGGACCAGCCAGCCCCCCUCCCCCUCGACCUCUGCUUUUCUGUAAGCCCAAACUGCUGUGGGAUUAAGAUGGGCAAGGCAUAAUGAGCGUCCGUCAGGUAGUGGAUCAACAAGCCCCUAAGGCGGCUGGUGGGCGAGCUCGGCCAGUCUCCUCCCUGUGAGGGCGCCAGCUUCCUCGCUCUAAUGACGUAGUCCACCCAAGGCUCAUAUUUUUCAUGAGUAAUGUGCCAAUAACCAACUCGAGGACCAAAUCGUAUGGAAAGUUGAUCGUGGAGGCUGAGAGCGAGUGCGUCCCUAAGGUCUAGUGUGUUCGACAGCCCGCCUGGAGCAAUAGACCGCUGGUGCAGUGAGCGAUGGACCCAUGAAGAUAUCGUAAGACAGGAGUUCAUACAGUUCACCAGGACAUAUCAUGCUAGUGUACAUACCGGUGCCCGUGUCUCUGGCCAUGUCGAGUAUGAACAGCGGAGGAGGACACCAUCAGUUCCAGCAGCAGCAGCAGCAGCAACAGCAUCAGCAGCACCAGCAGCACCAAUCACAGCAUCAGCAGCAGCAACAGGCCGUCCAUAUUCAUGCCCAUGCCCGUGGCCCAUCGUCCAUGAUGUGUGCCACCCCCACACAGCCCCACCACACCCACCACCUCAGCAGUGGCCAUGUCCAGUCCUCAACACAUCAAAUGGGUGGAGCCAGUGGGGGCAGCUAUGGUAAUGUUCCUCGUCUCCACCAUUGCAAUGUCCACUCCUUCCUGUGUUCAAAUCCACCACUCCAUCACCAGUACCAGGUGAAUGGUGGUUGUCUUGGCCCCCAGCACCACUAUGCCCCAAUGGUCCCUCCCGGUCACCACACUGCUGGCCCCCUCCUGGCCCCCGCUGGUCCGCCCCAGCUGAUGGCCGCCACCCCCCAGCCACCUCACACUCACACCUCCCUGUACGGCCAGGCACCCAUGGCCGUGCCACCCCCACAGGCCGUCCCUGCCCAUCUUGCAGCUGUCCCAAGUCAGCUGUCCGCAGCACCUCAGAGUCUUGGGGUCAGUGUCGCCCCACAGAUGCCUCCUCAGCACCACCACCACACCCACACACAGCCCACACCUCCCCUGGUGACUCCAUUCCCGGCCCACACUCACCUUCACCAACUCCAUCAUUUACAUGCAAGCAGUGGGAGUGGAGGUGCCGCCCGAGGAGCUAGCGUUGACAUGCUGGGGCGGGGACUGUACCGAGGCCCCACUCAGGGUCAUGUGCUGGGGCGCAUGAGAGGACCCAGAGGGAGCAGCGGAACCAGUCUUGGUGGCACAAGACGUAGUAGUUCAAGUUGGCGAGGCAAUAAUAUUCCUCCAGCAGCCCCUCCCCCUCCACCACCUCCUCCUCUUCCAAGUGCUGCUGCAGCUGCUGCCACAUACCCAGGCAUUCUCUUACAUUUCCUGGCAAUGUUGUCACACCCCUCGCUGCACCAGUAUAGCGUGGUAGACCCAGUGCCUGCGGAGGCUCCAGACACGGAGAACUAUGAGGCCCUGCUACAUCUUGCAGAGAGGCUUGGUGAAGCCAAACCAAGAGGCCUUAUGAAGACCGUGAUUGACCAGCUCCCGUCCUAUAGGUAUACUGGGGAAAAGUCUGAGACAAAACAGAUGACGUGUGUAAUCUGCAUGUGUGAUUUCGAACUGCGGCAGAUGUUACGUGUCUUACCAUGUCUGCAUGAAUUUCAUACCAAGUGUGUUGAUAAGUGGCUUAAGGAGGGUGGCGUGCCUUGUGCCGUGUACCACUGCUGGCUGCUUGCAUGCUUGCAGUAUCAUGAUGAUGGCCUUUUUGGUGCCUGCAGUCUAACCGGACUUGCCCUAUCUGCCGAGGAGAUGCCAGCGAAUUUCUUAAAGAAGCGGCCAAUUCUGAGUGAAGCCGGUUGAACUGUUACGAGAAGAGUGCACAGUGCAUGCAACAGGAUGUCAUGUCACGUGCUGAGAAUAAGCAGGGUCGGUGAAUCUCAGGCCAAUGGUGUGGUUAUUCCAGAGAGCCUCCAGGGCCACCUCUAACAUGGGAGUCACGGUCUCUCAGGUUAGCGACCAAGAAUGAUAGGAUUACUCUCUGAUAAAGUUAAUGAACCUGAUGAUCAGGUAUUGCGAUCAAAAAUCUAUUUCAUUGCAUGGAAAUGUUCUUUAGGUGUCCUGCAGCAGUAUGAUGGGCCUUGAGGAUUGCUCAACUUGGGCCACAGAGAGUUCUUUGUGUACUAUCUUGUAUGUGAUGCUCUCACAGCUCACUAUGGAAGAUUUGAGUUCAUUAAGUGUGUGAGGAAGCUGAGUACUGCUUUUAGUAACAAGCAUUAAAUCCCAACAUUAAAUUUUAUGCCAAUCAUAAUAAGUUACCUUCCUAAAGCCAACUGUACAUAAUUAUGUGCAGUGUGCAUAUCUGAUUGUUCAAGGACAGUGGUUAACCUUCCCUUGUUGUUCUGUCCAAGGCUUUCUUUGUCUAGGACUCCACAGGAGUUUAUGUUUUAGCUGUCCAUUUUCUGUGUUUGCCUUCAUGUGAUGAGGCUGUGUCUGCAACAUUAGUCCUUUUACCUAUGGUGUCUUAGAUAUUGCCAGGGAGUUUUCUUCUUUGUGUUGUGCAUGAGGACAUAAUGGAUAAUGUUUACUUCAAAAAGACCCAAAUUGUUGUGCUAUGCAGUAUGUAAUAAUUCCUCUUAUUAAGGCUUAUUUCUUAAUGGGGAGGUGAGAAAUGUGUGAAUUAGUUGUUAAAUGCUUAUAUAGAUGCAACAAAAAGCCAAAAGUGAAAUUAAAAUGUUAUUAUCCAGCUCAGCAUGUGUGGAACCACCAAAUUCAGCUGCAUGUUUAUCUGGCAUUAGGUCUUCAGUAUUGGUGUUUAUAGCUUGAAAUCCAAAAGUUUUGCACAUCAAAUGUCAUUAAUGUGUCGUCAAAUUAAUGGUUUCUUGGAUAAUGUAGGACUUUGCUGAAUAUUAUAAUGAUUAUUUAAUUAUCCAGUGUUAUCACCAGUACGUCCAGUAGCAUAGUAAGAAUAGUAACACUUUCUGCUGAUUACAGCCACACUCGAGAUGCUUACUUCCUUGAUUGGCUGAGUGUUUGAUGGCUGUUUUUAGUGAUCCAUUGAAAGCCAGGGCAACAUCCCUCAAAGUGAUGUGUAAAGGAAUAUUUGGUAAAGCUAUUUUGAUCUUGAUUAUGCAUAUGGUGUGAACAGACACCUUCCAUAUCUUUUUUGUAAUUGUAAAGCAAGCAAGACCUGAAGUGAGUGGAGGCUCUUGAGUGUGGCUGCAGUGUGACAGAAUAUGUCCAGAGCAAGUUAGUACUUCCCUAAGCAUGCUAUAAUUGUUCCAGGUAGGAAAAAAAAAAGUUGUGAUUACAUGCUUGCAGCCAAGAGAAUAUCUUUGAAACACAUACAUCAGAUACUAUUUUUCUUCAUGUAGUGGAAUUGGAUUUCACAAGCUCUUCUGUUUCAGUUGAUAUUGGUAUAUACAAGGAAAUCAUUUCAGAAAAAGAAAAGCUACAACUCAUUGGUAUGAAACCUUCAUUAUUCAUAUUUCCUGCAUGCUAGGGACUGAACUAUAGGCUAUAACCUUUGAACAUUACUAGAUGAAAGUGGAUGUGUUAUGCUAAUGGAGGCUCAUUUUACAAAGACUAAAAUAUUUACAUUUUCAUUUUGCUUACUAGAGUAUUAGAGAUGUACCGAAACUUUCUCAAAAUUAUCUUUAUAUCUAGAAACCUUUAUUAUUCAAACCAUUUCCAUGUAUUGUGUGAAAUUUCAGCCUUUCCGUAUAAUAUUCUCCUCUCCUCUUUGGUGUUUAUCCCUCAUUAGCAAAACAGCAAAAGAUGCCCAAUCUCACAGCCUCAGUACUUGAAAUACUGAAAUUCUCACCUUGGUUCACAGUCUCUAGAUUGGGAAGGUUAUGUAAUUACAUAUCUAAAGUAUUACACGUUUGAAAAAUAUCAAUGUUUUUAUAUGGAGAUAAAAUAUUAAGGCAGUCAUAGUUGUGAUAAUCCUUGUUUAAGCAUACAUUUUCUAUAAUGAUUCCACACUCCGUUUCCACGUUCCACUGCCUUCCUCGUAUUCACCACAAAUGCUUCCACCUCACACAGUGAACUGUGCUGCCAAGAUGGCUCUCUAGCAUCUCACAUUGAAAAACUGCAUUUUUUUAAUCUUUUUUGAUGUAACACAAAUGAGACCAUCACCAAAGUAAAAAGAUUAAUAUCUUUUAUAAGUACAGUUUAUUAAGUCUUUAAAAAUUGCAUUGAGGUGUGAAGUGUUGAGAUUGCCAUCUUCAGCAUGUAUAUUUGUUCACUUAGUGUGUUUUGUACAACCAUGUGCCUCAUUAUUUAGUGUAACUAGCAGCAUCUCUCACAUGUCUGAAUUUGAAUGGUGCUUACCAUCACUUCCUGCUUCAGGAAAGGAGUAGAUGGCAUUUUCCAGCAGUUUUUGAGAAGUCAAUAAAUUUUUAAAUCAUCGAAUAUUUUGUGUGAUAACGGCUGCAGGUCAGUGUGAGAUUUUUUGCCAAUCAUGAGUUUUAUGUAGUGUGUGUGUAUUUAAUAUUAAUCCAACCAUAACAUGUCUUUCACUAGAGGGACAAAACCAAUCCAGUAUACCUGCAUAAGUUUCUUUCAUGUGAGAGGAUGCUGCAGCUCUCAGUGUUGGUGCCCCUCCUCGCCGUGUGUAGAGUCAGCCAUACUUGGGUCCGGUGUAGAGCUUGCUUCCUACUGCAUGAUAUUCCCUCAAUUCAUGGAAGUGUUGGGGUUAAAACUAAUAAUGAUUCCAAUGCAAGUUACAUAUUUGUAAUAAUGCCAUGGAAGUGUGGUGUAUUGUCUCUCAUUAUGAUAGAGAAUUUUGCCAGUGUGUAAAAUUUGUAAAUUUGUCUAAGUGGCACAUAAUAGCAAACUUCUUUUUUAAAAGGUUUUGUAAUUCUUGCAUUAAAACUUAUUGCCAUGUAAAGGAAUUCCAAGUAAUAUAUAUAUAUAUAUAUAUAUAUAUAUAUAUAUAUAUAUAUAUAUAUAUAUAUAUAUAUAUAUAUAUAUAUAUGAUUUGUAGGAAAGGCCUGGAUGCCUAGAGGCUAAUAUUUUUAAAGUGUGUAUGGAUGUGAUUGGUGUGUGUGUGUGCUUGUGUGUGUAUGUGUCUGUAUGCAUUGCUUGGCUGGCCCAUCUUGACAAGAGUAUUAGUCUGAAUUUAUACAUGAUGUAGUUUUAAAGCUUCUAAAAGAUCAUUUUAACAUGUAGUGGUUUAAGUAUUCAAUUUCUCAAAUCAAACUUAUAAAUUAUCUUGCUGAAUUUGCUUUACUAUUCAUGUCACUUGCAGCUCCUUGCAUUUUCAUUAGGCCUAAAAAAUAUGGAAUUUUCCAUGUGUUCCUUUACUUGGCAAGAGGAUUUAAUACUGAGUUAUGAAAUGCAUAGAAAAAAAAAAUUGUGGUUGUGCUGUGAUUAUUUAAUUACCCACUACUUAGAUCAAUGGAGUAUUGCAUAGCUGGAAUGGCAUUUGCACUGUGUUGGAAGGGCUCCAUGCGUGGGAGAGUCAGCUUCGGCGUGAACCUGACGAGAUAAACUUGACAUGUCCUUCAUAAUGUAUCUGUAUUGGCUUCAAGUGUAGAUGCCUUGAGCUGUUCAUGUGUAGUUCUCCCCUUUUACUGUCAAGCUGGCCUUUUAUAUAUAUUUCAUAGGCACUGUACUCAAUGGCUCAUUUAUCUUGUUAAUAUACAUUUGUAGUUAACAACAGUUUCCUUUCUCUGUAUGGUAACCCUAUCUUUCUAAAUACUUCCACAUUUCCCUCUCCAUCUUUCAAAAGUGAGAGAAAGCAAUACAUUUCUAGUUUUUAGCCUGAUGCUGUAGUUUUUUUUUUCACUGCUGGAGGGAUUCUAGAUUUUUACUUUUAACUGUCUUGUAUGGUAUUCCCUACACCACUCAACAGGUGACUAUGUUCUUUCCUAUCUCUUAAUGUUAAACCCCCUAUUUUAAGAGAUAUAGAACAUAAGAAUUGGAGAUAAGGUGCAUGAAAAGUAUGCAUGUCACUUAAUAUUGAUGUAUCACCAUUGCAUCAUUUUUUUUACAUGUGUACCUUGUCAAUGCUAUGAUGAAAAUUUGUUCCCCCCCUGUUGAGCAUAAACUGGGAUUGCCAGAGUGUGUAUAAAGUAUUAUGGCUUGAUGUUCAAAGCUCACGGUAUUCUACUAUAUAUACUACCUCAGCCUUAAACAUGCUAAGCACAAUAUUCAUAAGUUGGACAUAGCUCUAAAUAGUUUCAGAACUAAUGACCAAAUUGAAAGUUUUCAAGUUUAGUAAUCCCAUGCAAUUUAUGGAUGCUUAUCCAUAAUACAUUGGUAUAGUGAAAGGAGGUAUUGUUUGGCACUGCUGCUGCUGUAGUUCACACUGAGACUCCACUACAUGUUAUGGAAAACUCAUCUUGUGUAACUUGUUUUCUGUCAGCAGCCUUCUGCAGCAGUCAUUGUUAUGCUCUGACUGCUGCUGUCACUGUUUGAAGAGUCAGUGCUUCAUAAGACAUGAAUCUGGUCCACUACCAUAGAAGAUUUUGUGCUACUGGAUAUAAAGACCAUUGCUGCUAAUUAAGGUGUGGGAGGUGGGGCCACAAGUGAAAUUACAGGAAGACUGCAGUGACAUAGUGAAAAGUAUAUAAUUUUUAUCCAUAUCUAUAUUUUGAUAACAAGUGGGCCAAAUGUCAAGAUGUAGCUAUGUAUAAACAUUGUGAGAUGUGGUACACUGACUUUAUCUGUCAUGCACUGUACCUGUAGUGGUUUCUUUGUGACCCCAAUUCUGCUUGUGUGCUGUCUUUGGGUCACCUCCUCAAGUUGUGGUGGGGUCCGUGUGUUGUGGCGGCUGCCGCUGCCUCGGUGCAGCUCAUCCCUGUUGUGUCAAUGUGGAUAACCCUUACAGGUUAACAAAUUAGAUGCUCAAAUAAGUAAAAGUAUUAUUUAGCUAAAAACUACUGUAAUGAUAUACCAUGUUGUCAGGCAACACCAGUGACCAAACAAAAUUCAUUUCUAAAUCUUAACAAAUUUUUGAGGUAGAAAUUAUCCUUGAAAAUUUUAUAAUUUAGAAAGUUUUUGUAAUUUCCAAACAUCAUGUAGUAAAAUUGCAAUAAUCUCCUGAGAAACACUAUUAUGUCAAAUACUCUUGAAACCGGAAAUAAUAAAGGCUAGAAUGAUUGCAAUAUAGCUAUGGAUAUUUACAUUUUCAGUAUAGGACUGUGCCCUCUCAUUACCGUUAAAUAUUAUUUUCAUGAGUAGUUGAACCACAUCAUUCUGGAGUGAGUUGUCUGUACAGUAUUUUGUGUCACAUGUGCCGCCACCUACACACGACCGAGGGCCCUGUGUGUUACCUACCUUCAGACCAUUGCAAAGUUCAGACAGAAUUCUUUUGGCACCUCCAACAGUAUUUAGAAAUAGAUUUAUGAUACAGAAUUUCUUGUUUCUGUUAAUCAAUCACCGGUUGCCAAAGAAUUAUCUUGUAUUCAUGCCUUCACUGUGGUGGCAAAGAAUUCUGAUCCGCAUUAAUUGUAUCAUUGCAAUACAUGCAUCAUGCUUCAAAGUAUAUUUUUUUCUAAAUAUAUAUAAUUUUCAUAGUUCUUCUCAGGAAAUGUCAACACAGACUUCCCAUUGACUUGUGUAGAUGACUUCCCAUUAUAGUCAACACUUUACAAUAUACAUUAGGUAUGGUGACAUACGGGCCCCGUCCGCACUAACCUGCCUUGUAGUACAAAUGUGCAUUUUGUAUUUCACCUAAAUUCACUUAAUUUCCAUGAAUAUGCAUAUUAUAUAAAUAUACAUAUAUAUACAUAUAUAUAUAUGAACACAUAAUUAUGAGCAAAUAAUGGAAUGGGGGUAUUGUAGCUUUCUCCUCCACCUACUAGAAUGAUCAUUGUUCUGAAGACCCAAGGCCUUUGUCCUUUUCAAACUGGAGCAUGCAGGGAAAAGUGUUGCAGACCUGUUACUAUUAUGAAUACUAUAUCUCUAACCGUUCUUUUUACCAGUUACUUCAUUACACGACUAUCUACAUUUGAAUUGCAUACAAUAAUUAUAGAUAUCUGUAUUCUUUUAUAGCAUUUAGAGUGUUUGUUAUAUUUUUGUAUUUGCACUUUGUUAAAGGAGUUUUGCAUUUAUCAACCCUGUGUGCUCCCCUGUUCAAUAUGCUUAGUUUAGUUCACACUACAAACACUAGUGAGACAUAUGCAGCAAAUAAUAACUAAAUUUCUAUUCUUCUCUUGUUUUAGAUUGAUCAAUGUUCUCAAAGCUGUGAAAGUGCAGAAAAAAAAAAUAGUCUCAGAGAUUCCCUGCAUAGUGUGUUGCAGCAUUUACGCUUAAAAUUGGUUGUAGUUUUCCGUAAUGUCUGCCAGGUCAAUAAUCCAGUUUGGUCAGACUUCAAGAAUUGUGCUUGCUCUUAAUUUACCUGUUAGUUUGUGAUAUAUAUUUUUUUCAGCAAUUUUUACUGUGAUGUGAUGAGUGACUUUUGCAAUUACGUAUAUUGUUAUGUGGGCAAAUUUGGCCAUCCCCACCUACUGCUUCAAAUAUUGAGUGGCUUUUAAACUAAGCACUUUACUCCCAUCUGAUGCAUUACAAAUAUCUCUAUCUUAUCUGUCCAGACUCCUGUAAAUACCUUAUCCUUUGCUUCCUGCUAGUUGACUCACCAAUCACGUGUGUCUUGUAACUUUACUAAUGAUCUCGUAGUGACCCAUUCCCUGGUAGGCAGUAGACAUUCCAAGGCAUUCCAGGCUUUACUUACAUGGCAUUCCAAGCUUAUAACUCAACUUCCUUGGCUCAGACUUAGACAAUAGAAUGACUUGUAGAACCAUGACCAAGUGGAUUUACUGAACUGAAAGUUUCUCUCUCUCUCUCUCUCUCUCUCUCUCUCUCUCUCUCUCUCUCUCUCUCUCUCUCUCUCUCUCUCUCUCUCUCUUGUUUCCAUCUUUAGGAUUGUUUUAUUUUGUAAAUUAUUUACAUGCAUCCCUCAUCAGGAUGUAGCAUAGACCACUUCUGGUCUCCCUUAGCAGGCAUACACACACACACACACACACACACACACACACACACACACACACACACACACACACACACACACACACACACAGGAACAGGUAACAGGUUUCAUAGCUUUCUGUCACUGCACGACUUCACAGACAUACAGAAAGACCAAAGGUGAAAAAUAUUUUCUCGCUCACACACAUGCACAGACACAUCUUUCCUCCUAAAUAUGGCCAUUUUUGCUCACGUGAGUUUAUGCUUCUGGUAUGUAGACUUGUGUAUUCUUGAGCUUGUAAGUGUAAUUGCUUUAUUAAUCACACUUCAGGUAUCCCUGAUUAUAUUUCCUCACUCUGCCAUUUUGAGGGUUUGGUAAAUGUACGUUCCUAUAGCAUUACUCUUUAUAAUUUUUCUCUUACCCUUUAGAGACCAAAGACAUGAAUAGUUAAUGGACAUUUUCUUGUCAUGUAAUUUGUCACCUAUAAACUUUUACCUGCUGCUAUUUCCUGCUAUUAGGUAUUCCCUCUCCAUUUUAUCAUCGUGAUCAGGUAUCAAAUGUAUCAGUACAGUGUUGGUAAGAUGAUAGUUUGAUGCUAGUACCAAUAAAAAUAAACACUAAUGCCUCAUGUCUGUGAAAAAGUUGUGCAGUUGUGAAUGUCUACCAAUGUGGUUUUUAUCUUAUGGCUAAUAAAGGCAAAAAAAUCCA